AUGGAAAACUCUUCGGGAGCCGGUAGGCCUAUCCAUGCCGCAGAUGAUCUUGGUGAGCCAGCCCACGAAGCGCACCCCACUUUUCUGGAAGAUUCAGACAAUUUCUAUGAAGACUAUGGCUUCGAUCCCCCACAUAUCGUGGAACACGAUCUCUCUGAAGAGUUUUGUUAUGAUGGGUACGAAUACCCAGGUGACGACGUGCAGUUGCCGCCGGGACAGCGAUAUUACCCGUGGGAUGGAAGCGAAUAUCAGAACCUCGAGGACUUUGAGCAGUAUAGGCCCGGAGGCCACCAUCCUGUUGUCCUGGGAGACUUACUCGGCGAGGACAGCCGGUUUGAGGUCUGGCACAAAUUGGGACAAGGAACAUAUGGACUCAUUUGGCUAUGCCGAGAUCUGUUGAAGGGCAAGUUUUGCGCAGUAAAGGUCCUACGAGCCGAGCUCUCAGGACAGUCCGAUAAAUUACCAGAGCUGAGGGUUCAAAACAUGUUGGGUGGUAUCUCUCCAGAAGAAGCGUGGCAAAAUCAUAUCGCCAUGCCAUUGGAAACUUUCACACAAAGGGGUCCGAACGGAGAGCAUAUCUGUAUAGUGACGAGACUGUUGGGUCCCUCCAUUACCAGUUCACGAAGGCACAAUUGGAACGACACUUCAUUGCUGAAGGAUAUUUGCUUCCAGCUCGUCGAAGGCAUGGACUUCAUGCACCGCCACGGUCUCGGGCACGGUGAUUUCCGGCCACCGAACAUAUUGUUCAAGACUACGCUAGAGGAUCUUACUGAAGAGGAGAUGGAGAUUUACCUGCCAGACCCAGAAGCAUAUGAGAUAUACGCGGUCGACGAGCCCAUAGAUGGUGAGCCGCCAUGCGGCCCUCAUGCGCCGCUGUACGCCAUAGAGCCCCUCGAGUUACAUUUGGAAGACGAGUGCAUCACCAAAGAGAUUGCAAUAAUCGACUUCGGGGUUGCCUUCGAAACGGCAUGCCCGAACAUACCGACAGCUAUCCCGGACAACUACGCUGCCCCUGAGUGCCACCCCGAGCUCGGCUCGCAGCAGCCCAGCAUCGGGAGUGAUCUCUGGGCACUCGGCUGCACAAUGGUGGAGGUUUUGUGCGGCAGCACCCCAUUCGAACUCUUUGGCGGUUUUAAUUUCGGGGAGGUGGAGCUGUCACUGGGGCCAAUGCCGGAGCCGUACAGGUCCAAGUUUAUCGAGUCUAGCUCGUUCUACAGCCCUGACAGCCAAGCAGACCACGGCGCCCACUUGUUGUGGGAUAAAGAGAGCCUCAGCAAUAGGCGGGAACGAGUCACAGCACAGCACGGAAUAGACGAUAAUCUGUACGGAGUCAUCGGCUAUGAGGCUUGUAAUCCACAUCCCAAUACAAUGUGGAGACCACCAAAGACCAUUAGCGCAUCUGUUGCUGCGUCCGCGGACAGAUACGAGAGGCCUGCAUUCCCAGUGGUCGAAGGCACCUCAGAGUUCUCCAUCAGGCGGCGGCUUGAGCGCGAAGCGAUCCCCGGAGCGGUGGACCUCCUGAGACAAGUCCUGAGGUGGUUCCCAGAGGAUCGUGUGGGCGCGGACAAAUUACUUGUUCAUGAAUGGUUCGAAGGCCGCCACAAAAGCACUGGAGUCCGGAGGGCCGACCUUUGA